AAUUUUUUAUUAAGAAAAAAGGAAAAGGAGAAGGAAAAAAGUACACGGAGGGGAGGACUAGACCAAAGCCCCUCUGAAACUGCAUGAAAUAAAGGAAAACUGAAAGGGAAAGAAACAUGAGUGAAAAAGUGAUCACUUCCAGAUUAUAAAGCCGGGAUGCUGAUCAAGGGAAAGGUUUCUAGGCAUUACUUUCUUUGGUCUCUUCCCAUCAAUUCCAAUAGGACCGACGAGACUGACAUACCAAAAGAACUGCCUCGCUGUGUUUGGAUUCACCUGGGAGAACUCACUUUCCUACAACCAGUAACCUAUGAAGAUCUUCCAGACUAUUGCCCCUCCUGUAAAUGUUUUGGCCACAAAAACUGUAAGAGAAAGAAUGAGACCUCUAGAUGGGUUAAAAAUGAAGGGAGUACUAGAACUGGGAAUACAACAAUUGCUGUAGCUGUUUCCAAGCCUGGAGUGAACCAAACAACAAAAGAGGUUGUUUUGCAAACCAACCAGGGAGGCGCACGUGAUGAGGAUGCAACCAGGUCUAUUUCCGCUGCUGAAGAAACAAACUCAAAGUCUAAUGGGGCUGCUCCUCCAAGAGUUGAGGCCAUGGCAACUAAUUUAGCCCUAGCUAAUGUGAAGGACUCUAUAGCUCUUGAGCCCCCUUCAAUUUCUGCUACUUUUGAAAUAACCUCCCCUGACAGCUUCCCAGAAACUAGCCUAAGGUCUGAUUCAGAUCCUAUUGUUUGUGAAGACACAGAUUUUAAUGAGAAAGAUUCAGAUGCAAUUCUUUCUAAGAGUUGUACUGCAGCCCGUCACAUUGUUAAGAUAGCUUCUGAUGUUUGUGAAGUAAUUCCUACUGUCAAUUGUCCAGCAGCUUGUGGUAAUAGUGAGGUAAUAUUGGUAUCUCCUGUCCAGGAUGAUACCCUUAUACUGGAACCCAAAUCUCCUUUACUUUAUAACAAUGAACUCAGUCCCGGUGCACACAAUCUGUCUUCCGAGGCAGCAUUGGAUGGCACACAGACUGUUGACACUGAUAUUAAUGAAGAGUACAACCCUGGUCCUUCUCAAAUCAACCCAAUUGAAUUUCCAGUCCUCACAAAAGAACUGUUGGAAGCUACUAGUGGUGCACACACUCUUUCUCAUGAGAAAGAGAUGGAAGGCACACUAAGUCUUUCAUCUGCAGGAAAUGAUGAGAUACCUUCUGAUCCUUUUGAAAACAAAAACUCUCCUCCUCUGUUGACUAAAGAUGCAGGUAUUAACCCAUCAACAAUAGGACCGGUCCUUCAGUCCUUUGAGAUCGACGGACAACAAUAUGAAAUUAGGUCCUAGAUUGAUCCCCCGAACUGUGUGAUCCGAAAAUAUUUUUGAAAAAUGUCAUUUUUGAGAUCUAAAAUUCUAUUUUUCAUGUCAAUCGAUUAUGAUCAAUAUAAAGAUGAAUUCUUGAUAUAAAAAUGAUAUUUUGGACAAAUAAAUAUUGUGUGAUGCAUGACGCCUCUUAAUGGUUCAGAUGUCUGAAUGGUUAAGAGAUUUGCCUCUGAAUGGUUAAGUAUUAUACAGAGUCUGAAUGGUUAAGACCUCUUAUCUGAAUUGAUCAGACAUUUGCCUCUGAAUAGUUAAGCAAUAUACUAGCUCUUAAUGGUUCAGACCUCUUACUGGUUCAGCACUUAAUGGUUCAGACCUCUUACUGGUUCAGCACUUAAUGAUUUAGACUGUUUGUUUCAGCCUCUUAAUGGUUCAGAUGUCUGAAUGGUUAAGAGAUUUGCCUCUGAAUGGUUAAGUAUUAUACAGAGUCUGAAUGGUUAAGACCUCUUAUCUGAAUUGAUCAGACAUUUGCCUCUGAAUAGUUAAGCAAUAUACUAGCUCUUAAUGGUUCAGACCUCUUACUGGUUCAGCACUUAAUGGUUCAGACCUCUUACUGGUUCAG